AUGGCAUCUCAAGUGAACGGCGAGACUUCUUCAUCUGCCUUCCUCAGUCAUCUCACAUCUUACCCUGUCGUCCACGACUCAAUCUCUACCUUCAAAUCCAAUCCGUAUGGCCAAAGAUCCAUUGACCUAACCACAACCUCAUACGAGAAAUUCGGCAAGCCAUUUAUCCCAUACCUCCAAAAGCCCUACCAAUACGUCUCUCCCUACGUUGCGAGAGCCGACGAGCUCGGCGACUCUACUUUGUCUAGCAUUGAGUCCAAGUUUCCCGCUGUCAAGAAACCCACUGGUGAGCUCUACAGUGACGGAAAAUACUUUGUGCUCUAUCCGAUUUCAAAGGGCAGCGAGGGGAAGGAUUAUGUCUUGGGAAAAUACAAUACUGAGGUCAAGAAGACGGAAGAUCAGGGGAUUUUUGGUUUGGGAAAGGCAGUCAUUAGCACGGGAUUGAUCGUAUCAAGUGAGGCUUUUCAAUGGUUGAGUCAGUUCCUAUCAGCCAAGAAGGCAGAGGCCAAGGAGACAACGAAAGAGAAGACAAACAAUUAG